AUGCGAUUUUGCUUGAGCCUGGCUUUCUUCUUGCAGGGUGCAAUACUUACUGGUCCGCCAGGCACUGGUAAAACUCUGUUGGCGAAGGCAACUGCUGGUGAAGCAAAUGUACCAUUUAUAACAGUGAGUGGUUCGGAAUUUCUCGAGAUGUUUGUGGGUGUUGGACCGGCACGUGUCCGUGAUAUGUUCUCGAUGGCUCGCAAAAAUGCUCCAUGCAUACUUUUCAUCGAUGAAAUUGACGCUGUGGGAAGGAAGCGAGGUGAGGGCCGAUUUGGUGGACAUUCUGAGCAGGAAAAUACACUGAAUCAGCUUCUUGUCGAAAUGGAUGGUUUCUCGACGGAGGAAUCCUCAGUUAUCGUGAUUGCCGCAACAAAUCGUCCCGAUAUCUUAGACGCUGCACUUCUCAGACCUGGCCGAUUUGAUCGGCAAAUUUAUAUUCCCGUACCCGACAUCAAAGGAAGGUUUGUAUCUUUGGUAUUAUGCAUCUGUUAG